AUGACUUCCAAAAGACAAUACAACUUGUAUCCAAAUAGGUCUUUGCAAAGGGAAAGCCACAUUAUCAACCUUAAAUCAAGAAGAAGGGUCACCUUUUCAUCCUCAGUUUGCCACUCGGAGAAUAAUAUCACUAACAGGAAGCAAGAAAACCAAGAAGUAGCUCAAAACUGGACUCUCUCAAUGCAUAAAAAUGCAGCCCAAAUGUCUGAAGUGGAAAUUUCUAUUCCCCUUAGUCUACACAAAUCCCUGACUGAAUCUAAAGAGUCUUUGAUUGGUUCAAUCAUAGAAGAAUGUGGCAACGUCAACUUUCAUUUUCCAAGUAACAAACAAGGCCCUCAAAAAGUCAUUAUAGAAGGCCCUGCAGAAAGUGUAGAAAAAGCCAAGAAAAAGCUUCUGCAACUUGCACAAGAAGAACAGCAACGAGCCAAAAGUUACUCUGUGGCUGUUCCUGUCCAGUCAAAAUAUCACCAAUUUCUUAUGAGUAAAAAUGGAGGCAAUCUUCAUAAAAUCUGUGAGAGAACUGGGGCACAUAUCAUUUUUCCUACCUUUAAGAAAAAAGAUCAAGAAUCAAUAACCAUCAUAGGGACAGAAGAGGCUGUUAAAUAUGUGAAAAGAAAGGUAGAGGUUUUAUUGAAAGACUUGAAGGAUGUGGUGGAGGAUAGCAUACUGAUAAAUCCUAAAUUCCACAAUUACUUUGUCAUGCAAAGGGGACAGCUUUUACGAGAAUUAAUUAAUGAAUAUGGUGGUGUGUUUAUUACCUUUUCAUACACAGGAAAUCAGAGUACAAAAGUCACAAUAAAAGGAGCAAAAGCUUGUGUUGAAGCAGCAAAGAAACAUAUUCAGGAGUUAUUUGAGCCCUUAGGUUCCCGAGUCACAACACGGUACCAUUUUCCCCGGAAACUCAAUCCUUUUAUCAUGGGACCAAUAUGUUCUCAAAUUCAACAGAUUGCAAAAGACUGUAGGGUUCAAAUCAAACUUCCAGACACAGAAAAGCCAGCUAGGAAGAUACAUACAGAUGUUCAGGAAACUGGGAAAGCAAAGGGAGUAAAGAAUACUAACAAUCCUGCUUCAAUUUCUCCAAAGAAAAGUGAUUCCAUGUAUAUCUCCAGCAAAGCAGAAAAUUGUAAGGCCACCCAACCUCUGGAGCCCCUCAUUCCUGUCACUGCUGAAGUCCAUGUACCUUUUCAUCUACAUCAUUACGUCAUUGGGCACAAAGGAAGUGGCUUACGCAAGCUAAUAAGGGAAUUUGAAGUUCGUAUUCAAGUAUCACAACCUGGAGGAAAAUUUCACAUCAUAUCCAUUAUGGGCCUUGAAGCAAAUGUAGAACAAGCCAAGAUGAAAUUGCAAAAUCAAGUAAAAGCAUUACAAAAGGAACUAGAUGGUCAGACAUUAAAAAAUUGCAGGCAAACUUUCAGUUUAGAUCCCAAAUUUCAUUCCAAGAUCUUUGGUAAUAAAGGCAUAUUUAUUUCCCAGAUUUGCACAGAAUAUAAUGUCAUUGUCCGUAUUCCAAAGAAAGGAAACAAUCCUAUACAAGACCAAAUUACCAUUUGUGGCUCAAAAGAUAACAUCCUCGGUGCUCGAGAUGCAAUAAUGAAAAUGCUGCGUAAGAUCGAAAAAUCAGUUUCCAAAGAAAUCCCAUUGAACCAUAAGGUUUGUGCCAAUAUUAUUAGAUUUGGUGGCAAAUCUAUUCAUAAGAUCAUGGAACAAUUCCAAGUAGACAUUCGUUUUCCUUCAAAAGGAGACUGUAAUAAUUCUAGCAUCAUUGUGAGUGGAUCAUCUUGUAAUGUACAAGAAGCAAUUGACUAUAUCCUGAGUCUUGAGAAACAUUUCCUGUCUGUUGGAAAGUGUGAACCUCCAGUGCAACAUCAGAAGCAUGGUAGUCUUAACAACACAGCUUCAAGAACAUUUAAGGAUAUUGGUAAAAGAAAUCUUUGUAAUGCAAAAUCCACCACAUAUUCUGUACAUGUGGACAAUUCUCAAGAUUUUCCCAAACUGAAACAUCAAAUGCUUCCUAAGCCUCACCCCUGGAGACCAUAA